AUGGACGACGACAAAUGGGACGCAUUGGUUUCAGCCGGCCGCCGUGACUUCAAGGAAAUGAUGAACUAUCUCCUCGGCGACGAGAAGCCUAUCUCGGGUCAAGCUCCGGCAGAUGCUGCACAGCAGCAACGUCCCGCCCCCACUACAGCGGCUGAAGCACGUCAACAAGCUGCACAGAACCGUCGCCAGGGUCGUGAAGCAGCGCGUUCCGCCAGGGGUUUAGGGACCACAUCACGUGCGCGUGGGCGUGGGGCGGGUGACGCGAGCGGGCCGGGAGCCACACCUCCCGAACCAGGGCAUGCACCUACCGCAGGCAGUUCUGCCCCGACGGCUCCGCCGCCUGACCCCCCAGCCACAAACGAGCCGCCCAGUCGUCCCUCGGGCUCGACUCCUGCUGCUUCACGUCCAUUCGACUAUAAUCGCAUCCUGCGACGCGUAAGGACAGGUUACAUCCCCAGCAGCAUCCGGACGGACCCGCCACGUGCAACAGCAUCAAGCGGAAACUCGGGCCAGGGGGGAGACGAGCAUGCUGGGGGAAAUACCUGCCAGGCACUGGUCGUUGUCAGUCUGGAUCACCCGUGGCCGGAUGUCGGUAGUGGCAACCCCCGUGUGAGGGUUGAAGCCGACUUUGAGGAGGACGAAGUGGAGGAGGCGGAUGCAGAGGAGGCAGAGGCAGAUGCUGCGGCUGACCCAGCUGCAACAGAAGGGAACCAGGCGGGGGCAGACGAGAACGCCGAUGAUGACACGGCUGAGGCCGGUGUCGCGAAUGGGGAGCACACUGCACGCGUGAGGACAGGGUUUAGGCAGAACAAGCGGGGUACGAGGAAGAAGCUGGGCAUCAACCUCGUCCACUGGACUCGCAUUAAGGCCCCAACCCGUCGCUUUGGGAUCUUUACGAGCAACGCCGCAGAGCAGGUCAACAGCUCAAUCGUGCCCAUUCGUCGCUUGCCGAGAACUGCUCUACUCACCGAAGCUGCAGAGGAGCGGAUGGUAGACAAGGAGACCCGGGCGGAGGGGUAUGAGCUAUUGGGCGGGGAUCUUGAGGAAGGAACCAUCCAGACCAGGGACACCGACGAUCCCAAGGAAUGGAGGUCCUUCAACGUCAACAUCAACAGCGAAGUGAGGACAUGCGACUGCUCGAACUGGGACCAGUACCAGUUUCCUGCUCCCAUGCCGUGGCCUUUGCUCUGA